AUAUGGCGGUGCUCAUCGAGUCCGUGCAGUCGGUGCCGGCAGCAAGGGCGACCGAUCCGCGCCUGACAUGCCGAGUGUCCGCGGCGGACGGCGUCGGCUCGGGCAUUUUCCGGCUGCGGUUUCACUUGGUUUUGUACUACAAGAAGGCGUCCGAUGAGGAUUCCGGCUGGCUGCUGGCGGGCUGGGCCAAGGAGUCCAUGGGGAGAGCGUUGCAGGACUUCCCCAUCCUCGCUGGCAGGCUGCGGCGGAGCGACGAUGGCCACGAGAUUGUCUCGAACGACAGUGGCGUCAGACUGGUCGAGGCUCGGACGUCGAAAACAAUGGUGGAGUUUCUGGAUUUUCCGGGAAGGGAAGAGGCUGAGGUUGAGCUUGUGGCUUGGAAGGACAUUGAUGAGCAAAAUCCUGACUUCUCUCCACUACUCUAUAUUCAGGUGACGAACUUUGAGUGUGGCGGAUACUCAAUUGGGGUAAGCUGCAGCCCAGUUUUGGUGGACCCCUUGACCAUCAUCUGCUUCCUUAGAAAAUGGGCUGAGAUUCACGGCGAAAUGAUGUCGGGAACUGAAGGGGCCAAACUGCCUGUAUUUUACCUUCCCAAGCUCAAGCCAAAUCGCUCUUCGCCGGCGAACACAGUUGGCUUAAACGCGGCCAAAGGCCGCGGCAAAUCCGUGAUCUUUACGGCCCAGGGAAGAAGAUUGAAUCUCGGCGAUGACACUGCAAAAUCACUGUCACUGCUAUGCGUUGCAGAGGCGGAAAGCAAGCUUGGUCUGAAAACGGAUUCGAAAUUCUAUGUGAUUGUGAAAGCAACCUCCAGAGAGGUAAAGGUCGAGAGUCUUUCGGGGGAAGGGCUGAUGCAGAAGCCAUUAGACAUCGUUGGCGGACUCAAUCCUGGUAACUGGGAUGAUUUAGGGGCCGGCGAAGUCGGUUUUGUCCGGGGGAACAAGCCUGUUGGAGUUUCGUACUGGAUCAACUCUGUGAGCGGGGAGGGACUGGUGAUUCUCAUCCCAUCUCCCGGCGAGAGUAGUGUUUGGGAGAUGAAAGUAGUUGUCACAAUUCCAGAAGAGAGUGAGAUUUCAAGGAAUUGAUGUGUUCGUCUCUAAUUAAUUACUUGAAUGUGCUGCUUCUGUUAUUGCUCGCAGUGUGUUUUGUGUUAGGGUCCUUAAGGACGGGUGUUGUGCUGUGAAAGUGAUGAAUGAUCAAAUGAAUGUUGCUUUCAGAUUGCUCACUCCCUUGAGAAAAUACACAAUUGAAUAGGAAACUUGUGUUGGAAGCAUGGCAAAUAAAAAUUGGGUAGCUUCUCAAUCUUGUGCAUGCCAACGAGAGCUGUCAGUUUGAUGCGCGUGAGGAGGAGAGACUUGUUUGUUGAUUGGCCAAAAUCAUGUAUUUAUAACCCUAAAUUAAGAGCAAAAAUAUGU